AUGGAGGCUGUGAAGGACAGGCCGGAAGGCAAGGCCGUUAAAGGGAGCAAAACAGUAGCACAACCUCCCCAGUACGCGCGUCCUGGCCACGACCCGGCAUCUCUCGGACAUCGUGACGGCAUUGGUGCCGAACAGCGACACGUUAUGGAGCUGCCACGUGAUGGCCGGCCGUCCGAGAACGGUCGCAACCGUCGGCCAAAGGCCGGCAAGGCGUGCGUGAACUGCCGCAAGCAGAAGAUGAAGUGCGUGGACAACCAGGACCCACGGGGCUGCCGGCGAUGCGUACGGUCCGGCGUGCCCUGCAUCUUUGUGCCACGUGCGAACGCAGCCACCCUACCGUCAGGACUUCUGGCCCUGGCAGCUGGGCGGCCAUCAGUGGACCGGCCGUUCAAAGAUGAUGUUCUGCGGCGACUACAGGCUCUUGAAGAGUACCUGGGCUUCUCAACAGCCAAUGGGAGGCGACAGUCGGGAGGCUCGGACGACGAGUUGGACGACAACGACGAAGACGGACAGGCAACCGGGGGCACCGGCUCGGACGACGAGGGGGAGGUGCCAGCAGCGUAUGCAUCACUGGGUGCGCUGUGGGAGGCGACGAGUGUGCUGUGCGAGUCGGCCCCGACGUCGGUGCCGCGACGGAUCUGGAAGAAGGCCACCGUGGGCGAGCUUUGGUCGGCCUUCCACGAACGCAUGCCGGGACUGCACUUCAUGCCACGCAAGCAGACAUUUUCGGUGCCCCAGCCUCUGCUGGUAGCAUCGAUCCUCUACUGCUCGAGCAUCCGGGGACCGCCCGACAUGGCCGCCGACCUGGCCCCACACUACUUUACUGUGCUUUGCAACGCCAUCGCACAAUUGAGCGUUCCGGAGAGCAGCAUGGGCCGGCCGUAUCCGCGUGGCGGGAGCAGCACAGCCACAACGGAUGCCUACGAGGAGUGGGCCUUCCAGACAGUGCUCGGCAUCGUGCUGGCAGGCCUGCUGGCCGAGGCCAGCGUGACGGUGACAGGCCUGUGGAUCUCGGUGGCUUACCGGCUGAUCCUCGAGCACUGUCCAGCCGAUCAGGCUCUGCUGGCAGCCAACAACGACGGCGGCGGCGGUGCUCGCGAGUGGCGCAAGCUGUUCAGCGGUGUGCAGAUUGUCGAUCUAGAACACGCAUCCCUGCAUCUCAGCUGUCCCGUGAUUCCGAUCGAGUGUCCUCUCCCAGCGCUCAGUGUCGGUGUCCGUGACCAGCUGUACCGUCUGAGCCGCAUGAUGCACACGGGUCUGACACACUUCACCGGCCGCGGACUGCCGACCAUCUGGUCCGUGUUCACGGGCAAUAGCAGUAACGGAAACGGCAGCGGCAAUGGCAUCAUCAGCACAGCAACCCCUGCCUUCACUGCGGUCGACGCGGCCGUCAUCCGCGACUGGGCCCACCAGCUCGACGGCUGGCUUGUCGAGUUCAGCAGCAUGUCUGAUGACUCAGCAUCGACUGCCCUGGACCGACAGGUGGUGUUUCGGCAGUAUGUGCUGCACCGACUAGUGGUGCUGAGCAUCUACCACCCGGCACGCGGCUGCGACCUCUGGAGCAACGGCAUCACACCCCAGGAGCAGCGCGAGCUGCUAUUGAGUGCGCGGGCCACGCUGAAGCUGCACUUGCACGACGACAGCAUCUGGAGCAAUUGGGACCUGGUCAUGAUCACGUGGGCAGCCCUGAUUGUAGUGCAAGGCGUUGAGGGGGGUGUGGGAGAAGCAGAUGAUCUUCGGAACAUCCGCGUCCACCUAGAGAUGCUCAACCAGAUGAACGUGCCCAAGUCGAAGCUCUGCGACCGGCUGAUCGGCCGUUUGGAGGAGAGCCUUCGGGGCGUCAACACACCCGACAUGACGGUCUUGGCCAUGCAGCCACAGCCACAGCCGUCUUUCCUAGGACCGGACGACACGACGACAGGGCCCAGCCCCGGCAGCAUGGACUACAGCGCAUGGCAGAUCUUUGACCAGGCCAGCCUGCAGCAGAUCUCCUUCCGGGCAGAAUGGGCAGGUCGGCCGUGA